GCAGCUGCCUGCAUCAAGUCCUGCUCCACUCCCAGCUUGUUUGUAGAGACUGAAGGAGAGGAUGCCGUUGACACGCAAUGCCAAGAUGGUGAUCACCAAGCAGCCCCGAGCAGGCAAGAUGGGUCCUGCUGCAGAGAAUGCUAACCCUGAAAAGGAGGAGAGCUGUCAGGCCAAGAGGUCUCCAUCCUCACCCCAGGGUGCACCCAAGAAGAGGUCGGCAUUCGGGGAUAUCACCAAUUCUCACAAGAACCAGGUGGUGGCAGGGAAGAAGGAGGCCGUGAAAGUGGCACCAAACAAGGCACAGAGAGCCCAUGCUGCUCUGGGGGUGGCCAAGAACAACGAGAUCAACCUGAAAAAGUCAAUGAAGAAAAGUCCCCCAGUAGAGGCUCCUGCAGAACCCAAGGAGGAUCCUGUGCCAGAGGAGCCAGUGCCUGCUCAGGUGCCUGCUGUGGAGGACAUUGACAAGGAGCAGCUGGGUGACCCCUAUGCCAAUGCCGAGUACGCCAAAGACAUCUUUGAGUACAUGCGGGGAAGAGAGGAGAAGUUUAUACUCCCUGACUACAUGGACAAGCAGCCAGACAUCAGCGGGGACAUGCGUGCCAUCCUGGUGGACUGGAUGGUGGAGGUGCAGGAGAACUUUGAGCUGAAUCAUGAGACGCUGUAUCUGGCUGUGAAGCUGGUGGACCACUACCUGGUGGAGGUGGUGAGCAUGAGGGACAAGCUGCAGCUCAUUGGCUCCACUGCCAUCCUCAUUGCCUCCAAAUUUGAGGAGCGGUGCCCACCAUGUGUGGAUGACUUCCUCUACAUCUGCGACGAUGCCUACAAGCGGGAAGAGCUCAUUGCUAUGGAGAUGAGCAUCCUCAGCACCCUCAAGUUCGACAUCAACAUCCCCAUCCCCUACCGCUUCCUGCGACGCUUUGCCAAGUGUGCCCGUGCCACCAUGGAGACGCUGACACUGGCCCGCUUCCUCUGUGAGAUGACCCUGCAGGAGUACGACUAUGCCCGUGAGAGCCCCUCAAAGCUGGCUGCCAGCUGCCUGCUGCUGGCGCUCACCAUGAAGAAUCUCGGUGGCUGGCCCUGUUGUCACUUUGCAGACCCCCACACUGGAGUACUACAGUGGGUACCGCUCCCAGGACCUGCACCCUCUGGUCAAGAGACUGAAUUUCCUGCUCACAUACCAGCCGCGGGACAAGCUGAAGGCUGUGCGCACCAAGUACUCACACAGGGUCUUCUUUGAGGUUGCCAAGGUCACCCCCAUGGACAUGCUCAAGCUGGAGGAGAUACUGAAGAACUGCUAGCCCUGUCUCUGUACAUAGCCUGUAAAUAGCUGGGCGCUCUCUGGUGAAGGAGCACCAUGUACAUAAAGAACAAUUUUAAGUAAAUGGGAGGGAGUGGGAUUAGAAAAGAAAAGUCAUGUAGCUGUGAAUAAAAUACUGGGUUUGUCUUA